UCUCCUCCCGGCCUCGUCCGCAGCGCGGCGCCUCCCGGCAUGGCGCCCCCAGCAGGUAACGUUGUGGAUAGCCAGUCCCCCAGGCUGCUAGCAAACCAGCUAAGAUGGGACCUGACGGCCGAACAGAUCGAAACCAUGGCUGCAGAUCUGACAGAGAGGACCAAGGUUGUGUACGACCGGGUGGGCUCCCAGGAGCAGGGUGAGGUGUCCUAUGAAAACACCCUCAAGGCCCUGGCAGAUGUGGAAGUUGAAUAUACAGUCCGUCGGAACAUGCUGGACUUCCCCCAGCACGUCUCUCCUUGCAAAGACAUCCGUGCAGCGAGCACCGAGGCUGACAAGAAGCUCUCAGAGUUUGACGUGGAGAUGAGCAUGAGGCAGGAUGUGUACCAGAGGAUUGUUUGGCUCCAGGAGAAAGCAGAGAGUGCUUCACUGAAGCCUGAAGCAAAGAGAUAUCUCGAGAGGUUGAUCAAACUGGGUAAAAGAAACGGUCUCCAUCUCCCUGAGGAAACGCAGGAGAAAAUCAAAGCUAUUAAGAAAAAGCUGAGCGUCCUUUGCAUAGACUUCAACAAGAACCUCAAUGAAGACACCACCUACUUACCCUUCUCAAAGGAAGAACUAGGAGGGCUCCCUGAGGACUUCCUGAACUCCCUGGAGAAAACAGAGGAUGGCAAGCUGAAAGUCACCUUGAAAUACCCACACUAUUUCCCUCUCCUGAAGAAGUGCUACGUGCCCGAGACAAGGAGGAAGGUGGAGGAAAUGUUCAACUCCAGGUGCAAGGAGGAGAAUUGCUUGAUCCUCAAGGAGCUGGUGGAUUUGCGGGCUCAGAAAGCCAGUCUGCUGGGCUUCAACACGCACGCAGACUUUGUGCUGGAGAUGAACAUGGCUAAAAGCAGCAAGAUAGUGGCUUCGUUCCUGGAUGAGCUGGCUCAGAAGCUGAAACCCCUUGGGGAGAAGGAGCGGGCUGUGAUCCUGGACCUGAAAAAGAAGGAGUGUGAGAAGCGCGGCCUGGAGUUUGACAACCGCAUCAAUGCCUGGGACAUGCGCUAUUACAUGAACCAGGUGGAGGAGACCAAGUACAGUGUGGACCAGAAUCUGCUGAAGGAGUACUUCCCCAUGCAGGUGGUCACCACAGGCCUGCUGGCCAUUUACCAGGAGCUGCUGGGCCUCACCUUCCAUCUGGAAGAGAAAGCUCAGGUCUGGCAUGAAGACGUCCAGCUCUACACGGUGAAAGAUGCCUCCUCUGGGGAGAUCAUUGGCAAAUUCUACCUGGACCUGUACCCAAGGGAAGGCAAAUACGGGCACGCAGCCUGCUUCGGCCUGCAGCCAGGCUGCCUCCUGCCAGACUCCAGCCGGCAGAUCUCAGUGGCUGCCAUGGUGGCUAAUUUCACCAAGCCCACACCGGAUGCACCUUCCCUGCUGCAGCACGAUGAAGUGGAGACAUAUUUCCAUGAGUUCGGGCAUGUCAUGCACCAGCUGUGCUCUCAGGCGGAGUUUGCCAUGUUCAGUGGGACACAUGUGGAGCGGGACUUUGUUGAGGCACCAUCACAGAUGCUGGAGAACUGGGUGUGGGAGAAGGAGCCGCUGCUGCGCAUGUCCAGGCACUACAAAACUGGAAGCCCCAUCCCUGACGAGCUGCUGGAGAAGCUCAUUAAAUCCCGGCAGGCAAACACAGGGCUCUUCAACUUGCGUCAGAUCGUGCUGGCCAAGGUGGACCAGGCACUGCACACCCAGACGAAGGCUGACCCGGUGGAGGUGUUUGCUGGUCUAUGUGAAGAGGUGCUGGGCGUCCCUGCUACCCCAGGUACAAACAUGCCUGCUACGUUUGGCCACCUGGCCGGAGGCUACGAUGCCCAGUACUACGGCUACCUCUGGAGUGAAGUGUACUCCAUGGAUAUGUUCCACACACGCUUCAAGCAGGAGGGGAUCAUGAACUGUAAGGUGGGUAUGGAUUACAGGAAUUGCAUCCUGCAUCCUGGCGGUUCCCUGGAUGCUUCUGACAUGUUGAAGAAGUUCCUGGGCCGUGAGCCUAAGCAGGAUGCCUUCCUGGCCAGCAAAGGACUGAAGGUAGAGAGCAACUCGCUGCCUUCAGCCUGCUGAGAAGCUGCUCCAGCCUGUUUUGAGUCAAGCCAGCUCCUUUUGUCUACACUCCAGUCCUCUCAGGCCAAGCAAUACCCCCUACUUCUGUCACCAAAUGCAUCCUGGGGCAGCCCCUACCUGGAGCUGUUCCUCCAGGAUCCUGCUCCAAGCUCACCCUGGCCUUCAGGAGCCAGGUUCAGCCCUGCAGAGCUGUCACAGGGCUCUGCAGUGGCAGCUCUGCCAAGGGAGCUGAGCUGCCUUUGUCACACACACCUCAGCACAAAGGGGUUGGGGCUGGCAUUAGCCACACGAAUUGGCUGAACUUCAAACCUGAUUUCUGCACCAGGGUGAGUUUUGGCCUCGUUUGUAGCCAGGGAGGAGGGCGAGAGCAGUUACCAAGCUUGAGUCAUUGUUCUAAUCCCUUCUUUUUAAGGAAUGAGACUUCCCACCAGGCUUGGCUUGUUUUGUGCCGUGGGGCAGACUUAACUGUUCCGAGCACCAAACAAGUGGUCUGAGGAGCUGGUUGGGAGCCACGUUCUCCCUGUCUUAGGGCAGCUGUGGAAUAAAGAUGGGCAGAUCCCAGAUCCCAUUGCAAUUACUGGAAUGUCCAGCCCUGAAUCCCUCAGGCACCCCUGUCUGGGCAGCAGGCCUGGGAGGGGGGCAGAGGUGCCCAGUGCAGCUAUUCCCAGAGCAAUAGUGGAUCUGGGGAGCAUGGCCUGGGCCUCACAUGCUGCCAGGCUUCCCCUGGGCUAUACUGGAGGUGCUGGGACUCUGUGCCAGGGGCCAGCUUCAGGGUGUGUUGGUGUCCUAUGAGCCAGGGUGGGACAGGGCAGGGCUGUGUUUAAAGCAAGAGGAGCUGACAGCUUCAACCAACACAGAUGCCAGGAUAAAAAUACCCUGUGGCUUUGUGCCAGGCGCCGAGCUGGGGGCCAGCAGCAGCCCUUUGCCCGGCCUUGGGAGCAGCCACGCUCUGCUUCCCCCAGCUCUUCCCCUGUCCCCAGGAACCCUGAAACCGGUGCCCAUGUGGUGUGGGGAUGCACAGCAUCGUGUGCCCCCCUCUGCCAUGCUGUACUCCUAGCCCAAGCAGGCAGGAGGGCAGCUCAGCUCUGACUGUGGGAGGGGGGAGCACUGCCCCCAAGGUCAAAACCUGAUUUCUGGGUUUGCUCCUAUAGGAAUCACGCAUGGGCUGGGGAAGGUUUUUAGUAGUGAGUGUGCAGGGUAGGUGGAAGGUAGUGGGGGGAGCUGUGAGCUCCUACUGGCCUGAGGGAUGUGUGCUGAUGGUCCUGGAGAGCAGAUCUCAGUCUCUGGUGUCCUACCCCACCUCCAGCCUUGGGUGAUGCCGUAUGAGGGCUGCAGGAUUGGUCUGGCACAGGGAGGGUGCUGAGUGCUGCGCUUGCACCCACCAUCCCAGCCAGGGCUGUGCAUGGGUCCCCCCCACCCGGGGUCUUGUGCUGCAUCUCCCCCCCCCAACCAGGCUGUUCUUUUGCUUCUCCUCUUGUCUGGGCUGUCACUGAGCAGCUCCUGUUCGUUCCCCGCAGUGACUGACAGCGUAGGAAGAAACUCACCCCAAGUGCAGACAAAGUUGUUGCUGUCACCUCCCCUCCCUGCCCCACACCCCCUGGUGACACCCUCCCUCACCAGUCCCCUCUUGCGCUGAUGUGGACAGGUCUGGAAGCAGCAAACCGGCUCCUUGGUGCUUGCUGGCGCCACGCUGAGCAUCUUGUCUUUGUCCCCACCCUCUGUUUUAGGCAUAGGCGAGCGUCUGUGACGGGGGCCGCUCGAGUUAAUGCUGUGGGUGUUUCGGUGUCACGUUUUCCCAAGCUUUCAGUGUUUUCUUUCAGACCUCUUGAGGGAGAGAGCUGAAGCUGGGCAGGGAAGCCACACACUUUCCUCCCUCCUUCCUGGGCCUCAAAUAACUCAGUUCCUCCUUCCAGUAAGCCUUGCUGUUGGUGCAGUUAGAGGUGUUGCAGGAGCCCGCAGCCAGGCAGAGCAAGGGGAUGUGAUGCUGCUCCUAGCGUUCCCUCUGCAUGGGUGAUCCCCAGGCACCAGGAGCUGCUCCUUCUCCCUCCCCAGCUCUUUGUCCCUAUCCCAUUGCAGGGAAGAGAGGUCUCGUUCAGGUUUGGUUCUUUCAUUUCUUUUUGUUAACCUGUUCUAAGGGCAGACUGGGGUGCGUGUGUGUGUGUGCGCGCCGUCCGUAAUGGUCACAUCCCACCCUGCUUGUGUCAAUGACUGGAUUUUAGACAGUUCCUAACACUAAUAAAGGUUUUCCUAAGCGG